AUAAUUAUAAAGAUAUUAUUUCGCCGCUCCGCUAAAGUGAUAAUUUGCUAUCAGGGGCAUGCAUAAUCGUGGCCGGGGAACUUUCAAUUAGCUAGCUAGGGGCUCAGCGCACAGAGAAAACUCACAUGUGUUUUCGACGUCGCGGAACGUGAGAAUAGUGUAGUGUUAGAAAAACUGCCCGAAAUGGCCUUUUCUUCCUCAAAAUUAGUACUUAACGCUGUCAGCAGGGCUGUUUGCAAUGGAAGACAGUUCAGUAGUUUCAAAUUAUCCUCCAGAUAUUUGCUGAAAUCAUCACAAGAAUGUCAAACACCGCGUACCUUGUCACGAUCGAUGUGGAAUUUGUGCACCAGCGGCAGCCGGCGAAACUCAACGGGGAACCGCGGGGACGACACGUUAGGACCGCUGGUAGGUGGUACUGGAGCAACACGGGUUUCUUGGCCAAGUAAAACCUGUUCCUGCGGCUGUAAAGGCGCUUGCCUGCAUACUGAAGCUGAUAGUGAUUUAGUGAAAUUCUUGAAAGAAGAGAUUGAGGUCGAACAAGGCAGUCUAACGGACGUUCCAAAGAUUCCAGGUUUUGAAGUCACUGUUGAUGAUGCAGAAAUCACACUCACCAGGAAUAUAGAAGGAGAGAGGAUAACAGUUCGGUUGAACAUCAACCAUUCAGUAGAGAUGGAAGAAGGAGAUGAGCAGGGUCAAGACGUUGCUCCAGAAAUGAGAUCAUAUCCAGACUUCAACGUUGAGGUCAGCAAGGGAGGCCCAAACAGCCUGAGAAUAAGCUGUGCUUUUCAGAGGGACGAUGUCCUUGAUGAUCAGGGGGUCGAUCAAGAAGCCAAUGGUGAUGAUGAACUCUUCCUCAUUGAUGAGGUCCUGUUUGCCAAAGAGGGAGUUUUGACAGACAACCUUGAGAGUGCAUACCGUGUAGGGUCAGAGGUCAUCAAUGGGGAGCUCUAUGAUCAUCUAAAGAAUUUCUUGGCCGAGAGGGGCAUCACAAAUGAUUUCUGCGAGAAGCUCUCAGACCUAGCCAGUGCCGUGGAACAUCGGCAGUACAUCUGCUUCCUUGACCAACUACAAGGGUUUGUCAAGAAAUGAUUCAAUCAAACCUACCUUGGACUUUUUAUAGUUUGUCUCUUAUCUCAUUCUUUUACACAACCACGGCCAACCUUGAUAAUGUACUAUGACUGAAGUCCUUUUACCGGAUGCAUCGUACUACACAGUGUGGCCUGAAUCUAGAAAACAUUUUGGGGAAGACACUGCAGCUCCUCUGUUCCAGUGAAUCACUCUUUUAUGAUGAACACCAAAUUAUCAUGAGAUUUUGAUUACUCUGAAGUUCCUUCUCCAGUUUGUAGCAUCCUGUAUGUGAGCUAGUAUUAUACCAUUUUUUGAUAGAUAAAAGAUGUACAUGUAUGAUGUUUUUUGCUAACAUCAUAAAGACAAACCUUAUAAAAAACGCAAGGCAAUUACUAAGUAAAGUGUAAUCAGUGAUAUGUGUGCUGCUUCCAAACAUGUCUUUAAUUACAUACAUUCACACAAGUACAGGUCAUUUUGUUUUCAACUAUUUUUGCCAUGAAAAUUUGAUAUGAAUUCAAUAGUAAAUCAAUACACCAAACUCUUUUGCAGUUGGAAACUUCAUUUUUUAUUUCAUAAAAGGUAAAUAAGCUCUAUGUUUGAUACAGCAUACUGAUCUCCAUUUUUAAGUGCAUUUGUGCGAACGUAGCUCCUGGAAAUGUUUGUCAUCGAAUCAUGAUAAACAUUAACUAAUAUAUUAGUUAAUGUUUAUUUUAUGAAAGUUUUAUGCAGAAGUCAUUGUCAUAAGACAUUGUAAGUGGAAACAAUGUUUCCUUUACAUGUAUCUCCUCUUAUGUAGUGUCUGGGCCCUUUCUCACAAAGAGCUGCCAUUUAUUCUAUCAAUCACACCUAUAGAAAACCGGCAACUCCAACCUCUAGAAGGUAUAUGUCCAUUUAAUUAAAGUGUUCUUUUUUAUAUGAUGUUCAUUGUAUAUAUCCGUAUCAUGACAGGUCAGUGGGUUCUGCUUUUUUAAAGGGAUAUUGCAUAAAUUUCAUGCAUGAAAAUUAUGACAAUGAAGGAUUUUUAUAGAUAAAAUUGAUCUGAUCAAUCACAAGUCUUUGUAAGACAGGGCCCUGGGCAUGCAAGUAAUAACAGAUUACACUGGGUGAUUUUAAGUUCAACUUCAAUGUAUACAGCUGGUGUUGGUUUUUGUCUGAUUCUUUGCACUGAACUUGAUAGGAGGGUGGUGUUUGUUCUGACAUCACCUGGGCCCCGUAACACAAAGGUUGAUUGGUUCCUCGUCAGUAUACUGAGCAAAAUGCGCAUGCAACAAUGAUCUUGAUGGGCCAUUUCAUUUAGCGAUUAAUCACUAACCUUUGUGUUACGGGUCCCAGGUGUUGUGUAAUCAAUGAUGUGAUUGAUAUGAUUAUUUAUUAAAAAACAGUUAAAAGAUUUUAGAUGAAUAUGAAAAUAGCACACUUGGCCUAUUUAAGGAAUUGUGAUUCAAUGCGUCAAGUGUUUACUCUUUACCUUUGUGCUAGCUUGCACCAAUGAGAAGCAAAAGAAGUGUACCAUGCACUCUAAAAUUGCAAAAAUAAUUUUGUACGUGUAGAUACUGAUAGCGUGGAAAUUAUAUGCAUGGUUUUAUAUGCUGAGGGUUAUAAGAGGCAGGGAUUUUAUAGUAUGAUCACAUAAGGCAUACAUGUACAAUCCACCUUUUUGCUACCCACUAUCAUGAUAUUCCUUUUUUUUUACCCAACCUUUGACAUCAAGCUGCUUUAUAAAACAGAUUCUGCACAUGUUUAAGUUUGUGAUGUUACUGGCUGAUUUCUUGCACCACUGUUAAAACCCUCUCGUACACUGCAUCACCACAUAUAACACACUUAAACCUAUGCAUUAUUUGUAUUAUAUACCCACAAUGGAUACUUUGUGUGUGGUAGGCAGCAUGACUCAAGCUUUUAACACAAACUCCCAACACUGAACUUGAAAUCGCCCAUCAUAUUUGUGAGGUACAUGUACUAUACCAUGGAAUCAUCCUCUUGCCUUGUAUGGACAAGUCUUUAAUCUAUUAAAAUCGGGUUUAAUCUACUUGACAAA